AUGGCCUUUCCUCUCCCGCGGGGCAUCACAGCCUCGGAGAUCGCUUUUCUGGCGGAGAUGGAGACGGUGACGAUUGUACCUCGCCAGCGCCUAGAAGGCCUAGAAUUGCUCGGGGGCCCAGUUGAACCUCUUAUCCCACCGCGACGCGCCGCGCUCCCUCUCUGGCUGGCCCUUUUACUUAAACGCCAGCGCCGCGCCAAUAUCAUGCCCCCUCCAUGGUUACACCCGGAUUCCCUCAGUCUAAUCCUUGAAGUCGAGUCGCAGCACCAAGAUUACAAGAGUGCCUUCUCACCACCUCCACCACUGCCAGGGCAGCCCAGUAUUCGAGAUCAAGGUCUCGAGCCAACUGCGCGGCCGCAGUACACAUUAGACGGCAAUAGAUAUUACGCGGCGCCGCCUUUUCUCCCACAAAAUACCGCGCAGACAGUGGUCUCCUCUCGAGAUCCUCCCGCAUUACCAUACCAUUGGGUUGAGGUUGGGAAUAUGUUGCUUGACGUGGCGAGUGACGAUCUAGUGGACCCGGAUCAGAUCCGACGGUUAUUGAAAGAUCUCCGUGAAGUACGCAUGGCCAAGAUGAGGUCUGGUAUAGACGUCUUGGACGAUGCCGCGAUCGGUGGGGGCGGGGUUGCGCUGACAGGUGUCGGUUCAAUGGAAUUGGGUGAAGAGCGAGGGUUCUUGGCCGGUGUAGUAGAUGGCCUUCGCAAAAUUGGCGCAUCCAAAGAACAAGCUCGUCGCGAACAAUUGGCUGAACAAAGAGCCAAUGGCGGCUAUGAUGGAACCCAAGACGAAGAGGAAGAAGAUUACAUGGAGUUUUAA